CAGGCCAACAGACCUACUACUAUCUAUCUAGUAUCCUAUUUCGUUGCAAGCUACCAAACCAACUCUAGUACCCAUUCAAGAUGCAAGACCUAUUGGACGUCAUUAUCAAGAAAACACCCGAUGUCAAGGUACAAAGGGUGUGCUGUGGUUGCAACUUGCAAGAGCCAAAAGACGAGCCUUUUCAGAAAUGCUGUCCUCAAUGUCAUCGUGAAAAGUUAGUUCCUGCACUCUUCUGCUCCCAAGAGUGCUUCCAGAAUGCAUGGCCACGACACAAACAAUGGCACCAAGAAAAGGUACCAUUCUUCAAGGAGGGAGUAGCACGCUGCCAGAUUCCCAUCUUUGCUCCUGAGGAUCCAUCACAAUAUGUAGCCCUGCUAUGUGCAUCCAACAAGAAAACAUUCUCUGGUGACUUUAAUGGUGCAAAGAAACUCGUCAGAAAAGCACUAAAACUAGACACAAGCCGUGUAGAAGCAUACACAAUUCUGGGCGAAACAUAUUGGCUGUCAGGACAAACUGAGGAAGCCAAAUCAUGUUUCAAAGAAUCAAUCAAGAAGGAAGCAUUUGUUGCUUUGACGGGAUGUAACGGGGACAUCAUAGUCACGGCAAACGCAGUAUAUCUAACCUUAUGGGCCAGAUCCGUCCAGUUCUUAUGCAAAGGAUACAGAAGCAUUGCUGACAACGAUGAGAUUCAGACACCAAACUGGUUGUGCCAUGAUGGGAUGAUCAAACGAAUCACAAAGGUGGCACUCAAUGCAUCCAGUAAUGAAGGUCUGGUCCUGAAGCUGUCAUACACAAGGGCUCAUGUUCUGUUUCGGAAAUUCAAGGUACUCCAGCAAUGUCCAAGCCACUGGCAACAAUACAUGAAUGACCCAAACAACUUGAAUCGUACCGCUGAAGAGCUUCAAGAAGCAGCUACACUCUACCAGUUCGUGUCUCAAAGGAAAGAUGAAUUGACAGAGGUUGCAACAGAGUUGUCUGAUCAAGCAAGUGCUUUUGCUGAAAUGGUGAGCUCAUGGGAACCAUCCAAACGGACGGCUCUGGAGAAAGGCGAAGCUGGGAUUUGGGUUGUGAUGCAUGGCUUUGAGGCACAAGCCGGGAAGGACAUGAAUGGCAAGUUUGGUUUGAUCUUCAAGGAUGGACUGGAACAUGGUCGAGUUGCUGUCGAAGCGGAUGGACACCCUGGAGAGGAACGUGUCCACCCCCAAAAUCUCUGGCAAGUUCCCUUUUCGGAGAUGGAUUUGGCCCUCAUUUCCACUCUGGAUGAAGGUGUCCAGUGGAAGUAUGUGCGGGCCUCCAGAGAACUACUCCUGGCCCGUUUUUUGGCUGGCUUUCUUGAAGAGGAAGAGUUCCAACAAUUGAUGGAGAAGUGGCAUACACAAGUGAGUGAGUUCUGUGUCAAAGUGACUUGACUCCUCAAAGCCGGGAAAGCUCUCUAGCUCGAAACUGUCAUUUCGAAAACGACAGCAGGGGUUUCUUCUUUCCUGCAUUAUAGAUAGUUCUAGCUAGUAAUAUGGAUAUUAGCAAUCAGUGAUGUCGUCU